ACAACGCACUGAUGCUCACUCUCCUUGCAGAACUCGGGAAGAGGGGACCUACGGAUUUCUAAGCAUCUCGCAGAUAUUAUGGAUUAUUAGACUAACUAUAUGCAGAAAAGUGUUAUUUGUCUUCAAUAGCCAGCGUUCAGGGUUUUAUUUUACAUUUAUUUACCCACUCACUAAGCAAAAGAGUUUUGGAAAGAUUUUGCUUCUCAGUAAAUAGGAUCGGGGCAUCUGUAGGUUCUGCAAUGUCUUGCUGUGACGCACGGACUACUAAAUUCUGCUCUCACUGAGACAGCAUUACAUCAAAUGGCUAUAGAUCUUGCGCGUAUGGCGACAUGGUUUCCGGCUGACACGGGAGCUUUCUUGUUCGUUUGGGAAGUUGCACAGCGCAUAUGUUUUCUUGGACCAAAGCGAUGGGUAAUUCCUAAGCUGUGACUGGAGAAGAAACUGUGUCAAGACAGAGCGAGGGAAUAAAGAGGAGUGCACUUGUUGUUUGGAGAUGAUUUUGAUAUUUCUCUUUUUCUCUAUCUUGGAUGGAGGGUUAUCGCAGCUGCACUUCUCGGUACCGGAGGAGCAGGAGCGCGGGACGGUUGUGGGAAAUAUCGCCGAAGAUCUGGGGCUGGACAUCACCAAACUUUCCGCGCGCCGUUUCCAGACCGUGCCUAGCUCGCGCACGCCGUACCUGGAGGUCAACUUGGAGAACGGAGCGCUGGUGGUGAACGAGCGCAUCGACAGAGAGGAGAUAUGUCGUCAGACCGUCCCGUGCCUCCUGCACCUCGAAGUGUUUUUGGAGAACCCGCUCGAGCUCUUCCGUGUCGAGAUCGAGGUCAUGGAUAUUAACGACAAUCCGCCGAGUUUCCCAGAGACGGACAUCACCGUGGAGAUCACCGAGAGCGCCACACCGGGCACCCGCUUCCCGGUGGAGAACGCCUUCGACCCUGACGUGGGGACUAAUGCCUUGAGCACAUACGCCAUCACCACUAACAACUACUUUUAUUUGGACGUACAAACGCAAGGCGACGGCAACCGUUUCGCGGAGCUCGUGCUGGAUAAACCCCUGGACCGAGAGCAGCAGGCGGUGCACAGGUACGUGCUCACCGCCGUGGACGGAGGGCAGCCGCAGAAAACCGGCACCGCACUGCUAGUGGUUAAAGUGCUGGACUCUAACGACAACGCGCCCACGUUCGAUCAAUCCGUUUACUCUGUGAGCUUGCGCGAGAACUCCCCAGUUGGCACACUCGUUAUUCAGCUCAACGCCACUGAUAUGGACGAAGACCAGAACGGAGAGAUAGUUUACUCUUUAAGUAGUCACAAUCCGCCGCGCAUUCGGGAUCUGUUUAACAUCGACUCGCGCACCGGGAGGAUUGAAGUGACCGGUGAGGUGGAUUACGAGGAGAGCAGCACGCAUCAGAUCUACGUGCAGGCUAAAGACAUGGGACCGAACGCCGUGCCCGCGCACUGCAAAGUUCUGGUCAAACUCAUCGACGUGAACGACAACACACCGGAGAUUAGUUUCAGCACGGUGACGGAGUCGGUAAGUGAGCAGGCUGCCCCGGGCACGGUGAUCGCUCUGCUGAGCGUCACGGACCGUGACUCCGGCGAGAACGGACAGAUGACCUGCGAGCUGCACGGAGAGGUUCCGUUCAAACUCAAGUCCUCUUUCAAAAACUAUUACACGAUCGUCACGGACGGUCCGCUGGACCGCGAGAAAGCGGAGUCUUACACGCUCACAGUGGUCGCCAAAGACAAGGGGGUGCCGUCUCUCUCCACAAGCAAGUCUAUCAAAGUGCAUGUCUCGGACGAAAACGACAACGCGCCGAGAUUCAUGCAGUCGGUUUACGACGUGUACGUGACAGAGAAUAACGUCCCGGGCGCUUACAUUUACGCAGUGAGCGCCGUGGAUCCUGAUGUUGGACAGAACGCCUAUGUCACUUACUCCAUAUUGGAGUGCGAAAUACAGGGUAUGUCCAUCUUAACCUACGUGUCAAUCAACUCUGAGAACGGCUACUUGUACGCGCUGCGCUCUUUUGAUUACGAGCAAAUAAAAGAGUUCAGUUUUAUGGUGCACGCCAAAGACUCCGGCGCGCCCGAGUUAACGGCCAACGCCACCGUUAAUGUUAUUAUAGUGGACCAGAACGACAACGCCCCCUCUAUAAUCGCGCCUCUGGGCAAAAACGGUACCGCGAGGGAACAUCUGCCCCGCUCAGCCGAGCCGGGAUACCUGGUGACCCGUAUUGUGGCCACGGAUGCGGAUGACGGUGAGAACGCGCGCCUUUCGUACAGCAUCCUCCGAGGAAACGAGCUUGGGAUGUUCCGGAUGGACUGGAGAACCGGCGAGCUACGUACCGCGCGCCGUGUAUCCAGCAAACGGGACCCGCCGCACCCGUACGACCUGUUGAUCGAGGUGCGCGACCACGGGCAGCCCCCUCUCUCGUCCUCUGCGAGCAUUAACGUAGUACUGGUGGACAGCAUAGUGGAGGGCCGGAGCGGUGACCGGGGGUCGGUCAAGUCCAAAGAGGGCUCGCUGGACCUCACGCUCAUCCUCAUCAUCGCGCUCGGCUCCGUGUCCUUCAUCUUCCUCCUCGCAAUGAUCGUGCUGGCUGUGCGCUGUCAGAAGGACAAGAAACUGAACAUCUACACGUGCAUGGCUGGAGACUCGUGCUGUCAGUGCUGCAGUCGCCAAGCGCGCGGGCGCAAGAAGAAGCUCAGUAAAUCGGACAUCAUGCUCGUCCAGAGCACUAACGUGGCCAGCACCGCACAGGUGCCGGUGGAGGAGUCAGGCAGCUUCGGCUCGCACCACCAGAACCAGAACUACUGCUACCAGGUGUGUCUGACACCGGAGUCUGCCAAAACCGAUCUAAUGUUCCUUAAACCGUGCAGCCCAUCCCGGAGCACAGACACAGAGCACAACCCGUGCGGGGCAAUCGUUACCGGAUACGCGGAUCAGCAACCAGAUAUCAUCUCAAAUGGGAGCAUUUUAUCCAGCGAGACCAAGCACCAGAGAACUGAGCUCAGCUACCUGGUGGAUAGGCCCCGUCGUGUUAACAGUUCAGCGUUUCAAGAGGCAGAUAUCGUCAGCUCUAAAGACAGCGGACAUGGAGAUAGUGAGCAGGGAGACAGCGACCAUGACGCCACCAACCGGGGCCACACAGCAGGAGCUGAUCUUUUUUCCAACUGCACUGAAGAGUGCAAGGCUCUGGGUCACUCCGACCGUUGCUGGAUGCCCUCCUUCAUGCCUGGCGACAAUCGUCAGGGCGCCGAUUACCGUAGCAACCUGCACGUCCCGGGAAUGGACGCGGUGCCGGACACUGAGGUACAGGAGAGCGUGGUUCCGGGCGAUGCGUGCAGUCGGGCCGAUGAUAGAUCAUUCUCCACGUUUGGCAAAGACAAGUCACACCACGGCACGCUCACACGCCACGAGCUACACACACUCUUACCAAGCGCCCGAGCGCCUUACAAACCCAACUAUCUGUCACGCAAAAGGAUUUCCUAGCACCUUCCGCGUGGACAUUCCUGAAAAAGCGUGAGUUUGCACAGUAACGCAACCGGCCAAAAGCAUCAAGGGUUUCUUUUUUUAAAUUUCCCUUCGUUUCUUUUUUUUAAAAAUUGAACUCAAUCACGGACGAUCUGGUCGUUCCCAGCUCCGUAUGGAUGUCUGAAACAGAUUAGAUCAGAUGCGAUCCGAUGACGUAAGGACCCUAAGAAUUCUCAGCAGGACUGAGAAACCUCGCCAAAUCUCCUCUGAAAACUGGAUGAGAAGAGGGAAGAACAGAGGGAGAGAGCUCUAAAAGAGGAUUAGGAGUGAUGGAGAGACAAAAGGAGAAAAAUGGAUGAUCAAUGGACAUGGUUGUUUCCUCACUCCCUCCGCUCUAUGAUCAAUGUGUCUCUGUUUACAGUCCACUGUAAACUAUACCAACUAUCUGAGCCCUUUACCCGUUUUGAGACACACACACACACACACACACACAAACACACACACACACACGCAUACACCCUGUACAAAUGUACUGUACAAAGAGCAGCCCAAACUAUGUGCAUUAUAAACUCAACUAUCCGUUUUAGACUUGACUGUUUUCUAUAGUCGUUUAUUUUUCUUCUUAAUCAGUGUGGUCAAGUGUUCUUCUGAAGUUACUAUCUUUAGAAAAAGCGUGGAUGCGGGGGACCAAAAAAAAAAGGAAAAAGUAAAAAAAAAAAAAAAAAAAAAAGAAAAUGUCCUCUCAUUGACCUACGGAUACUUCAUCUGACAUUGUGGUUAUCUUCACGUGUGCAAGUGUGUACUGUUCUCUUUUAAUGCUUAAAAUAACUAUAAACCUAUAUAUAUAUAUAAACAUAUAUAUAUAUAUAUAUAAUAUAUAAAUAUACUUUUUUCUGAACCUGUGUAGCCCAUUGGAUAGUUUCCUAAACACCAUAUUGCCAUAAACCAAUACAAAGUGCUGAAAAGACCUGCAUUAAAAUUGGGGCUUCAAAUUGUGUGGCCUCUCUGUCUGUAAGUGCAGAAUUAUUCUAUGCUGUAGUCAUUUCACAUAAUUCUUUUACAUACAAUAUAUAGGUGAGACCGGGACUAGUCUUAAAUACAAACACAUUUUUGAACAUUUACAUGGUUAAUAAUCGAUCACGUAAAAAUAUGUAGUUCAUGAUAUAUACAGAACGGACAUCGACCUUUUGUGACAACAUGCCCUACAAUUUAAUGCUAAUAUUUUUGUUUUCACAAUUUGACAACAUAAAUGUGACAACCAACUUGGUGAAGAACAAAA